AUGAAAUAUUGCAUAUUAUUGUUCUAUCUUGUUUUUGUGUCAUCAUCAUUCAGUGUGAACACAAAUGAUCAAUUCAUCGUGGAUUCCGAUGGUUUAAGACGAGUAUUUCAUGGUGUAAAUGUUGUUUACAAAUUGCCCCCAUUUUAUCCACCAGUAUCAGAAGGAUUUGAUCCCAAUGAUUCACUAUCCGAUUUCGAUUUGGAUAAUUUGAUCUCUUGGGGAAUGACAUUCAUUAGAUUGCACGUGGCAUGGGAGGGAGUCGAACCAGUUAGGGGAUAAUACAAUUACACCUAUUUAGAGGAAAUCGACAAAAUAGUAAAGAGGUGUGAAGCCAAAGGAAUAACAGUGUUGUUGGACUCCCAUUAAGAUGUAUUGAAUAGAUUCUUUUGUGGAAAUGGAUUCCCUGAUUGGACAAUUGCCAGAACUAAGGCAAAGGCAUUUAAGUUCCCAUAUCCUUAUGUAUUCUCUAAGAUACACACCGAUGAGGAAGGAGUUCCUAUCAUUGAGGAUUGUUUAAAGAAGAAAUUCGCUCUUUAUUAUGUAACAGCCGAAGCUUCUAAAACAUUCUAAAAUCUUUUUGACAAUAAGGAUGGAAUAGCAGAUUCAUUUGCUGAAUACUGGGGUGUUGUUGCUAAUUACUUUAAAGAUCACAAGAAUGUCAUAGGAUAUGAAAUUAUCAAUGAGCCAAUUCAAGGAUCUAUAUACCAUAGCAUUAGAGAAUUCUUGUUCCCCAAUUAUGGUAAUAAUCACAAUCUUUUGCCUCUUUACAGAAAAGUGCAUAAGGAAAUCAGAAAGUUUGAUGAUAAGAAGAUAAUCUUCUUUGAACCAGGAACCACUGAUCUUAUAGGUGCUGGAUUUAAAGAUACUCCAGGAGGUGAAGAAUACAAUGAUAGAGAAGUGUACAGUUAUCACAUUUAUUGCUUUAAUGUUGAUGAUUACAGUAUUCCAAAGAAUGAGAAAGUAUGCAAUUACAUGGAUUCAUUCUUCUUUGCAACCAAAGAGGGUGUUGCCAAGCAUUUAGGAGUUGGCAAAUUUUUGACUGAAUUCGGAGCUAUUCUUGAUACUCCAAAAGGAAACAAGGAACUAGAUUACCUAUUAGACUUAAUGGAAUCCAAAUUCACUUCUUGGGCUUAUUGGGAAUUUAAGUAUUAUGCUGACGUCACAACUCAAGCUCAUCCUGGAUAGAUAGAGUCCUUCUAUGAUGAGUUUGGAUAACUAUACACAAACAAAGUCAAGACUCUUAGUAGACCAUACGUGACUAAGAUAUGUGGUAGUCCCAACAGUUCCACCUUCAAUGUAGUUGAUGAGAACUCUCAUUUCUUGGACUUAGAUUGGUCUGUCAGCAAGAAAUGCAAUGGAAAACAAACAGAGUUGUUCUUGUCCAGAGAGUUUUAUUUCGAUGAGGUUUACGUCCACUUCGAAAAUUGUGCUGGAUGCACCUUGGAAGCUAUAAGCAAGUCAUACUAUGUGGUUGUAUUGCCUGAUAAUAUCAAAGAAAGAACAACAAUCUCUUUGACCGUGACCAAUUAUGAAUGAAACAAAUUUAAUUAUUUCAUCAAAAUAUUUGUCUC